AUGUGGUCAAAAAUCAGCAGCGCACUAAAACGCCCCGAGACACCAGUGCUCGACACCGAACGCGACGACGGCCUCAAGCCCCCAUCCGUCCUCUCCACCGUAUUCAACCAGCACCCCAACCUCUCCAACUUCCACGAGCCCUCAGAGGUGCCCUUUCCCACCCCAAGUCCUCCUGCGUCACCCUCCAAGAACGGCCGCCGCGGUAUCUUCAAGCGCACCCCCAAGACAUACUCCGAGAACGACCAGCCCCCUCAGGGCUCUCAGCUAUCCCUCAAGCUUUCAAUUCCCCACCUGAAGAAAGUAAAGUCAUCCAUUGCGCCUAACUCUGCUAGUUCUAUUGCCUCUGACGCCUCUUCAAGUCGAGCCUCGAUAGAGUCAAGUCAACCACGACCAUCUCAGGACUCCAUACGCUCACCAGAGGUCCCUCGUGCGCCCAACACUCCCAUCGGCGACAGGUUCAAUUCACUCCGUUCAAUUCUCCGCGACCCCAACACGCCUGCGACAGGCCAGAGUGUCCGCUUCUUCUCCCGCGAUGCCUACAAAUUCAUCAGCCCCGACGCCUCCGCCGCAAGCGCAACAGGUAGCGAACCUGAAGCUGCCUCGUUCGGCGCACGUAUCAAAGCGAGCACUAGCACGCCUGUACGACCGCCCCUCGCGGACGUGUUCUCACCACCCCAGUCUUCGUUGAUGAAGCCUCUACCUCCUCCGAAUCACUCUAACCUCUUCGACCUCUCGUCGGACAUGGACUUGCCGCCAAUACCUAUCGGCAAGGACACACAGCUGCUCGACACCGCUAUCGAACUACCUUCAUACGCAGACACUGACGGCACGAUACUUCGCCCAUCAGAGCUGGAUGGCGAGUUCCGUUCGAGUACGCCCUCAAAUAAUCGUCCAUCAUCAAGUAUGCACGAUCGCAGCCAGUCCUUCAGUUUCGGCCAGACAGUCUUCCACUCCCUUUCGAACGGGGGUCGGGAUUCGCCAGCGUCUGCAAACUCCUCUAGCUCGUUCUCCCGGGGUUCUUUGAAGCUCAAGCGCAACCGUGCUUACAGCGACACUGUCUUCCACUCCUUUGCGCCAUCAUCCGCUCCUAGAGAAGGCGCUCUCCCGGAGGCAGACAUCGACGACAGGUCCUCCAGCGCACUCGUACUGUAUCCAACACCCGAGUCUCCAGAGAAGGAGAAGGACCCUUUCGGCGCAAAUGCGCGAGCCUACUACACCCCUGGCACCGGCGUACCUCCAACCCCUCCAUCCUCCGCGCCUGCCCAUAGUCGCAAAGCUUCCCGUGAGGAGGACAUGAUCCUCUCCCUCCGGACACAGCUCGCGCUCCAGACGGAGUUGUGCGCACAGUACGAGGUCGACCUUGGCGCACGCGACGAGAUCACCCGGAUGCUGCAGUCGCGGCUCGAGGAGACCGAGAAGGAGUGCGAGAAGCGUAAGGGCAUCAACGGCCGCUGGCGCAAACGCGUCGCGGAGCUCGAGCGCUACGUGCACCAGAUGCAGGACGAGCUCGACCGCAGCCGCGAGGAGAGCGUCGACCGCAGCGUCAUGGACGAGGCGUCCGGCCAGGCGCUCCGCUCCCUGCACAAGCGCAUCGGGGAGCUCGAGCGCGACAAGGCUGUGUUUGAGAAGCGGGAGCAGCGCGCGUCCGAGGAGCUCAAGGAGACCAAGGCCGCGCUCGAGAGCGUCAAGGAGGAGCUCGCCCGCCGGGACGAGGCGGAGCGCGAGCUCAAGAACGGCAUCGCACUCGCGCGCGAGCAGAUGGAGUCGAUGGACGUCAGCAUGAUGGAGGAGGCCGAGCGGUCGCGCGUCAUUUCUACCGUUGCGCUGGACGACGAGCUCAAGGCCGCGAAGGCGACGAACGACGCGCUUCACGCACAACAACUCGCGAUGGAGACACAGCUCGCGGACGCGCGCGAGGACGCACUCAGUGCGAACGGCGAGCUCGUUGUGCUCAAGGCGGAGCUCGAGGCGCAGUGGCGCGGGACGGAGGCGCAGACCGAGCGUAUUGCGGAGCUUGAGCGCGAGCGCGAGGAGAUGCGUGGGGAGGUCGAGGCGCUCAACGCGCGCAUCAGUGAGAUGGAGGGCGAGUGGACGUUGGCGGAGAACAGGAAGAACGAGCUCGAGGCGGAGGUGCAAGACCUGUGGAACGCGAAGGAGGAGCUCGAGAGGGAGCGUAGUGAGGUGGACGAGCAGCUCCGCUCCGAGCAGGAGCAUGCUGAGGAGCUUACUCGCGCGCUGCGCGAACGCGAGGACAAGGUUACCGCGCUCCAGAAUGAGCAGAAGUUCGCCGAGGACCGCGCCUCCCGGCUCGAAUCGCGCCUGCGCGAACGCGAGGCGGAGCUCGCCGAGCUCUCGAAGAAGGAUUCGGAGCGCGAGAACGACGCGGAGACGGCGCAGGGCGAGAUCACGAAGAUGAAGCGCGAGCACGCGCGGAUCGUGAACGAGCAGAGCCGCACGCUGCAGGACGUCGUCGCGCGCGAGGUCGAGGCGCGCGCGGCGAUGGAGGCGAUGGUGCGCGAGAAGGCGGAGACGGACGUGCAGCUCGCGAGCCUCAGGGAGCGCGCGGCCGCGCUCACGGCGGAGGUCGAGCGGCUGAGGCGCCAGGUGCACGAGCUCCAGCAGGAGAGCGCGGACAAGGAGGUGAAGCUGGUGCAGUACUCGAAGAAGCACACGCAGGACAAGGAGGACCUGGACGGGCUCAAUAUCGCGCUGGACUCGAAGCAGCAGGAGCUCGAGAUGCUCAAGAGGCGUCUGAACGUUCGCGGUACCGCCGGCAGCACACCCGCAUCCUCUGCAAAGAUCCCUGCUCAACGUCGCGAAUCGUCCAUUUUCGGCACACCCAGCGUCGCCGGCUCCCGCCCGCCCUCUGCACUCUCUGACACUGGGAGCGUUGCAAAGGACCGUCGUAUGAGCGAGACGCCCUCAACGGCGACCAAGUCCACGUUUGGCAGGCCUGUCCGCCCCAACGCCUCUGCGAGUACAUCCAAGCCCCUGCCCCUGAAGCGCUCGUCCGUCGAGGGUGCCAUGGGUCCGCCCCCCUCUCUCGCUCGCAGCUCGUCCGCAACCGCCACACCCACGCGCAUUCCAUCCGGGCCCUCCGCGGUGCGAGCGGGUUCGACCCCGAGCACGAUCAAGGCGCCUAUGCACCAACGGCGCGUGUCGGCGUCAAUCCUGGAGCCGUCAAAGCUGCGUGCGUCGACGUCGGGCAGCAGAGAGAAGCUGGACAAGUUGGAGAAGCUGCCGUCGGUGUCGUCGAUGAGCGAGCCGGAGGAGAAGGAGAACUCGGCGCCAUCGUCGCGCGCGAGCUCGACGAGUUCGACAGGAUCCGCGACGAAGGCGGCGCGGAGGAUGAGCGCGAUGCCCGCUUGAGCAGCACCAGUUGGCUGAGGAGGAAGAGAAAGAGGUCGCCGGCAUCUCCCAUCAUCUGUAUUGAUACGUCUUGCAUCUCAUCCUCGCAUCUAUACCGCCCCUAUGGACUUACUCCCUCAUCUCACCCCGUCCCCGUCCCCGUCUCCGACAUCCCCCUACCUAGUCUCUGCCAUUUGUCGAUAAACAUCGCCGCAUCAGCUUC